AAACAUUGUCUUCUCGUCUCUCUCUCUCUUGCUCUUCCCCUCCGCCGUGUUCAACAACUCGGAACUCUGUAUCUCACCGUCGUCGGCGUGGAUCACAAACUGAACUAAUUGGAUUUUGAGGUGUAAAUUUAAUAUCCGAGAGUUUACAGUUUCUAUAGUUCAAUGAUGGAUGUUGUUGAGGCUUCUGAUAAGCCAAUUUUUUGUGUUGGUGAUGAUGAAGAGCACUUCAAUUUUAAAUGGCUUGCAUCAUUCGAUAAAAAAACAUCGCAUUCAGCUUCACGUGAAGACUUUGAAUCUGAUGAUGAUGAUGAUGAUGUUCCUUUGUCAGCAAGGUUUGCUAAGAAGAGGGGUGCUACUACACUGCCAAUUAAGAGGGCAUUUGAUAACAACAAUUCCUUAUGUUGUUUGAUGAAGAAAUCCAAGGUGUCCCCGAAACCAUAUGAUGAUAAUGACGUUAAGGACAAUGAUGAUUAUGUUCCUGCCAUGUCAACUGAUAAAUCAAUUUCCGAACUCAAAAAAGAACUUGCAUUUAUAGAAAAAUCAUUUGAGGAACGCAGAAGGGACAUGCAAGUAGAAAAGAAGAGAUUGCAUUCCAUAAAGAGAGAUAUUGAGGAGUGCUGCAGAGAACUUGAAAAUAAGCAAAAGGAAAUUAGUUAUGUUGGAAGAAUUAACGAAGAAGCUCACAAGAAAAUGCAGGUAAAAACUGAAGAAUGUGUCAAGGAUUUUGUAGCAAAGGAAGGACAGCUCUAUUUGGUGGAGGAAUUGAUUCGGGAGCGCAAGCAAGAACUCAAGACAAAAGAGUUGGAACUUCGUCAAAUCACCGAUAACAUUUCAAAACAGAAGGAAUUUGAAAGCCAAGUGAAGGAGCUAGGGAAUGAUUUGGUAUCAGAACACAUGCAUUACAAAAGCCGCAUGAAGGAGCUUGAGUCUAAUGAGAAGCAACUUGGAGGCCAAUUGAAGGAGCAUGAAUCCGAAGAAAAAGAAUUUGAAGACCGAGUGAAUGAGCUGGAAUCUAAAGAGAGGUAUUUCAAUAACUGGGUGGAGGAGCUCAAUACAAAAUUGAUGCCAUUGAAAGGACAGUUUAAGGAACUUGCUUCUAAAGAGAAGCAACUCGAUGGCCAAGUAAAGGAACUGGAAUCUAAAAAGAAGCAGUUUGAAAACCGAAUCAAGGAGCUUGAAUCAAAAGAGAAGCAGCAUGAAGGCCGGGUGAAUGAGCAUGCAUCAAAAGAGAGAGAAUUUGAAGGCCAGGUGAAGGAGCUGAAAUCUAAAAAGAAGCUGUUUGAAAUCCAAGUCAAGGAGUUAGAGUCAAAAGAACAGCAACUCGUAGACCAAAUGAAGGAGUUUAAAUCAAAAGAGAGGGAAUUUGAAGGCCAAAUGAAGGAACUGGCAUCAAAACAGAAGCAUUUCAAAAGGAGAAUGAAGGAGCUUGAGGCAAAAGAGAAGCAACAUGAAGGUCAAGUGAAGGAGUGUGAAUCAAAAGAGAGAGAAUUUAAAAGCCAAGUGAGGGAGCUGGAAUCUAAAAAGAAGCAAUUUGAAAGACAAGUAAAGGAGUUGGAGUCAAAGUAUAACCGUGUAGGCCAAGUGAAGGAGUUUGAACCAAAAGAGAGGGAAAUUGAAGGCGAAGCAAAGGAACUGGUAUUGAUGGUAUUGAAACAGAAGCAUUUAGAAAGCCAAGUGAAAGAGCUUGAGUCGAAAGCAAAGCAAGAUGAAGUCCGAUUGAAGGAGCAUGAAUUGAACGAGAGAGAACUUAAAGGUCAAGUGAAUGAUUUGGUAUCAAAACUGAAUCAUUUUGAAAGCCGAAUGAAGGAGCUUGAGUCAAAAGAGAAGCAACAUGAAGGUCGAGUGAAGGAGCUGGAAUCAGAAAAGAAGCAUUUCGAAAGCCAACUGAAGGAGCUUGAAUCAAAAGAAAAUCAAUUCAAAGAACGAAUGAAAGAGUUCCAGUCAAAAGAGGAGGAACUCAAAGGACAAGUGAAGGAGUUUGAAUCAAAAGAAAAGAAAUUCAGAGAACAAAUGAAGGAGUUCCACUCAAAAGAGGGGGAAUUCAAAGGUCAAGUGAAGGAGUUUGAAUCAAAGGAGGAGGAGUUCAAAGGUCAAGUUAAGGAACUCAAAUCAAAAGAGAAGCAAUUUGAAGAACGAUGGAAAGAACUCAAGACAAAUGAGAAUAAGUUCAAACUACUGGUCAAAGAGCUCAAGUUAAAUGAGAAACAGUUUGAAGGACAAGUUAAGGAUCCUGAGUCAAAGCUGGAAAAAUUUGAUGGACACCGGAAGGAGUCUGAGUUGAGAGAAAAACAAUAUGAACCGUUAAUAAAAGAUUUUGAUGAGGGAAGCAAAUCGGAAAGACCUCCUGUUGUUCUUGGCAUUCCUGUUGUUACUGGUCCUGGGCAUGUUAAAAAGAAGGUAAAGGUUACAGAAAGACCUCCUAUUGCCCCUGCUGCAAAGAAAUCAAACAAACCAAAGGUGAAACAUUUGGGACUACAAAGAAGAACAAGUGGAAGACUACGCACAAGCAAGAUGAGAACUAUUGUCAAAGGUCCUGGUAGCAGCUCAGAAGCACCAUUUGUGAUUGAUGAUGAUGAUGAGAUGUAUGAAACUGUAUCUGAUGAUGGUGAGAUGAAUGUGGCAGAUAAUGGUGAUGAAAGUUGUGGUAGAGAUGGUGAGCCGACUCAAGAAACAAUUAAUCCAAAGAUCGGACUUUGUAUGGCAGCACUCAGGGCAUUUGUUGUUAAGGAUUAACUUUACGACCUUGUAAUAUGACACUUAUGUACCAAGGAAUGUGCUUAUUUUGGAUGUCUGUUUGUUAAGUACUUAUGCACCAAUGAUGUGCUUAUUUUGGUAGUAAUGCACUAGUAAUGUGCUUAUUUUGGUUUUCUUUGUAAAUUAUGUACUUAUGCACCAAUGAUGUGCUUAUUUUGGUACUAAUACACUAAUAAUGUGCAUAUUUUAGAUAUCUUUGUAAUGCAGU